AUGUCUGAAAUCCAGCUGACGCAGGCCUUAAGGACUGUAUCUUCGUCUCUUAUCUUCAACCACAUGACGAUCUUGCAACAAUCGAUCCAGCUUCGAGACAGGCGGCGUGUCAGGUGGGACCAGUAUGCUAUGGUAUUUCAAAAAGCUCAUUCCUUCAACAAAUGGAUUAGCUCGGCAGAUUCAAGUCGAAUCAGUAUCAGAAGCACCUUCAAAGACCGCAACAUCCUCAGCGGCUCCCUGACCCUCGCUGUUGAGUACCUCAGAAAGCCCGGUAUAGCCGCCCUGUGGGCUUUGCAAUGCAGAACACAGGCAUAUGAUUCGACUGAGAUCUUGGAGAGCUUGAUCUGUCAAGCCCUAAAAUUGGACUCUGCCUCACACACCGACCUAACUUUCUCGUUCCAACUUCGCCGAUACCUCGAUGCGCAGGGCGACGAGGACUAUUUCAACAUCCUGGCCGAUAUUCUGUCACAUUUCAAACUCAUUUACAUCAUCAUUCAGCUUGAAGCGAUGUUUUUUGAAGCAGCUUCCCGAUUCCAGCGCCAUCUUGACGGUUUGCUGGACAGGUUCAAAACACGUGCUCCAGGACCCAUAUUGAAAAUACUUGUUGCAAGCUCUGGCCCGUUGGUAUCCCCUCCGCAAGUACGCAACCAGCAAGUUCUGCGGAUCGGUGGUAAAAAGCAACUGAAGAAAUACACGACGCGCAGUACCUCGCUCGCACCAUUGAAAUGUCGACAGUCCUGCGAUCAUUCUCCAGACGAUUGA